AUGAGCGCCGACGCAAUUCCCGACUUCCUGGCGGAGCAGCGCGACGAGGCCCCCGAGGAACUUCAGCACCUCGUUCUGGAGUUCGAAAACUACUGGGAGAGGAAACUCUGGCACCAGCUCACCGAUGCCCUCGGCCAGUUCUUCAGUCACCCGGGCAGCAAGCCCCAGCGACUCUCCUUCUACAAGGUCUUCAUUCUCAAGUUUGCGGAUAAGAUCAACCAGCUUAAGCUUGUCGACUUGGCAUUGAAGGCUGCCACCGAAUGCUCUGAUGAUGAGGAGCGCCUCACAUUCCUCCAAGGAGUCGCGAAGAAGGUAGACAACGAGAACUCACAGGAUGCUUUGGUAUACGCUUCCGUCGCUGUUGCCAGAGUAAAGCUGGAUCUGGAGGAUAUGGAUGGCGCCCGCAAGGACCUCGACACAGCCGAGAGAAUACUGGACAGCUUCGACUCCGUCGAGACGAUUGUCCACGCAGCGUUCUAUGAUGCGAAUGCCAACUACUACCAGCGCAAGAUGGAAUUCGCAGCCUACUACCGCAACGCCCUUCUCUACCUCGCCUGCAUCGACAUCAACUCCCUCACACCCCAGGAGCGACACAGGAGAGCGCUGCACCUCAGCAUCGCCGCAUUAGUCUCCGACACCAUCUACAACUUUGGUGAGCUGCUGUUGCACCCCGUCCUCGACGCCCUCAAAGGCACGCAGGACGAGUGGUUCCGCGACCUCCUCUUCGCCUUCAACCGCGGCGACCUACAGGGCUUCGAGGCUCUCUCGGCCCGCAUGCGGGCCAAGCCUUUGCUCGCCGAGAACGCCGGCCACCUCCGCCAGAAGAUCUACCUCGCGUCCCUCACCGAGGCCGUCUUCCGCCGGCCGCCCCACGACCGUGCCAUGUCCUUCGCCGAUAUCGCUCAGGAGACUAAGGUUCGUCCCAACGAGAUCGAGCACCUCAUCAUGAAGGCCCUCAGCCUGGGUCUGCUGCGCGGCAACAUUGACCAGGUCGACGAGGUGGCGCACAUCACUUGGGUCCAGCCCAAGGUGCUUGAUAUGAAGCAAAUUGGCAACAUGCGCCAGCGGCUGCUCGACUGGGACUCGCAAGUCAACCAGCUUGGUAACUGGAUCGAGACCGCCGGCGGCGACGUGUGGGCAGCUUAG